AUGACGCUCGUCAUGGCUGUGCCGCAUGCGCUCUCGAUGAGCAACUUCAACGACAUUCAGACCCUGCUGGUCUCAGCCCUGAGCUUUAUUCUGAUUCCCGGUGCCCUCAUAUUCUGCCUGCAAUUGCUGCAGCCUGGGCCUGUUAUUCGAGGCGCCAAGGGGCCAAUUAUUGGAAGAUAUCUAUUCGGACUCGACACAAAGCUAGGCUUCUUGGCUGGAAGGAGUUCGUUCACGUUCAAGGCCCUGCACGAUAACUAUGGAAAGGUUGUCCGCUUCGCGCCGAACCAAUUGUCCACCAACACCAUCAAGUCCUUGAGAAACAUCUACGGCGCUGGUCUUGGAAAGAGCAACACCUUCCUCAAGACGGGUUUCUACAAGGCCAUCUCGCGACGAAACAUCUUCACUGCCUCCGAUCCAUACUACCAUGCCACCGUUCGCAAGCUAUUCAGCCCGUCACUCAGCCCGGGAUGCAUGGCUGCGCAUGAGGGCGUGAUCAAGGGCUGCAUUGCCCGCUUCAACGCGCUGGUCAAGCAGAGGACCGAAGGCCGGAAGGCGAUCAGCCUGAAUGACCUCUACUACUGCCUUUCUGUGGAUAUGGUGUCCGAGGUGCUUGUAGGCAAAUCACUCGGUUGUAUUGAAAGAGGCCGGCCCUUUUUCUGGACAGAACAGCUCCCCCGUAUCUUCUACUGGGCCACGAUUCGCGACCAAUUCCAGGGCUCUGGUGUUCCUACGCUUAUCAAGUGGAUGCUGCGCCAGAUCCUGCGCAAGGGAAUCCGCCAGAGAAGCGAGGAGGCCAGAAUGCGCCUGAUUCGAGAACAAUUGAAAGCAAAACACACCCGGCGCGACAUCAUGGUCGAGGUCCUGGAGAGACAAGAGACAGCGCAACUGCCCGAGGAAGAAGUCGCAGAGAACUUCUCUGCCAUUAUGCUUGCUGGCUUCCACACGACGUCUCACGCAAUCUGCGCUGCGAUCUGGCUCGUCCUUUCCCACCCCGACGUCCACGCAAGGCUCACCGAGGAACUGCGGACACAGUUCAAUUCCACGGACGACAUAUCCCUGGAAGUGCUAGGGAAACUUCCGUGGAUGAAUGCCGUGAUUACAGAGGCCCUCAGGAUCUACCCCCCUGUUCCUCUCGGAGGACCCCGGGUCUCACCGGGGGCCUAUGUCGAUGGCGUCUAUGUGCCCGCGGGUGUUGAAAUCGGCAUCUCGCUGUACGCCCUGCACCACAACCCGGAGUACUUCAACGACCCGGCCAGAUUCAACCCCGAGCGAUGGAUCAGGGCUGACUCGACCGACAAGAAAGAGGCUGUUCAGCCUUUCCUGCUUGGUAGCCGCUCGUGCAUUGCCAAAUACUUCGCGCAACAAAUGCUCCUCCUCACGCUGUCUUCCUUCUUCGUCCAAUUCGACGGCCAGUAUGUAGGCAGAGUCAAAGACUGGACGACACAGUCUCGCUGCUACGCCUUUUGGGAACUGCCAGACCUCAAGGUCGCCCUGCAGGACCGCACAACCUGA